AUGGGCGCUAGCAACGUCCUACAACAGCGCCUGCGUGGCAGCGGCUGCUACAUGUCCUUGGCCUGUUCCAUUGGCUCGAUGAGUUUGGCCUGCGGCAGCCUGCUGCAGAUACCCAAUAUUACAGAUCGCAUUUCGCUGCAGCGUGGCCUCUUCCUCACCUCGCUGGGUUUCAUAUACUUUGUGUCGCUGACAGAUUUCUGCAAUAAGUACCUGUUGAAGACGAAACGCGGUUUGCAGUUUCGCAAAAAAUAUCGCCUUAUGAUGUCGGAUGUGCUGGAGAUUACUAAUAAAAUCGUUUCCGCUAUACAGGCCACAUUCUCUUUUCUGGUCGGUUUCAUCGUAUGCAAGUCCUCGUGCAGCAAAUCGUUCGUGUAUGCCUCACAUUUCCUAAUGGAGGCAUAUGGUUGGUUUGGCACCGCUUACUUUAUGUACGACAUUUGGUCCAUGUACAAAGUGCACACACAGAAAAUCGCCGACAAAUUGAAGCUGAUGCGUUUGAAUGCAGCCGCCUCAGGUGCAAAUUCAUCAAAUGGCGUAUCACUAAAGAACAACAGCAAUGGUGUGUCAAGUGCUGGCGGUGACAGCGGUGAUGAGUCACCUGUUCGAGUGUCCGCUCAGCAACGCGAAAACGAUGACAUCUACGAUUAUGAUGGCGAAUGCGUGCAAAUACCGAAGGAUGGCAAAUGGGAUUUCAUCAAAUAUGUGAUCACGCAUCCGGUGAUGAUGAUACAUCAUGUUUUCAUUGGCACUUUCGGCCUGUUAGUCGUAACGUACAUACGCGGCGGUGGUCACUGCAUUUACAGUUACAUGUUCAUGAUGGAGUUCUCCACACCAUUUGUUUCGAUGCGCAGCAUACUGAGCACCAUGCGUUUGAAGGACUCGCGCGCAUACAUCAUAAACGGUCUGCUAAUGUUAGGUUCCUUCUUUGUGUUUCGUGUCGUUAUGUGGCCUUAUGUCAUGUACCGUUAUAGUGUGGCUAUAAAUGUGAGCUUCUGGCAGGCAUUGACCACUUUACCACGAGGUUGCAUUAUUAGUAUCAUGAUACUUUUCCUACCUCAAUUGUAUUGGUUCUUUUUGAUGGUAAAAGGUGCAUUAAAAGUCUUUUCAACGCCCAAACCAAAGGAAGCUGCACCGAAAAAACUCAGGCAAUCGAAAAAUAAUAAUCUCUCACCGGUAACACCGAACGCUGAACAUGACUUUAGUCAAAUUUGUGCAAAUGAGGCAAACAACGCUGGCACCAAACCGUCAGCAAUAGUCCACCGGCAACCAUUAGAAACCAAUAAUGGUCAAAUUUAGAUAGACCCACAAACAAGUUGAGUUUUAGAAGCAGCCAAAAGCAGUUAAUCGCUAUAAUAGUGCGCAAACUAGUAGAAAAAAUCCUAAGUGGCCCGGCGCCACAUGCGAAAUUUUCGUUAGCUGCUACGCUGCGCAAUUCAAUUAAGUUUGUACAAAUUAAGUUUGUGAUUAAUAUACUUAUACAUACCUACAUACAUUGUACGGCACUAUUUACUGAAUAGCUAAAAAUUUAUGUAAAAUUAAUUAAGUGACGAUUAACUCUCAAUUAACUUGUAUGCAUUUCCAGAGUCUUCUGUUAUAGAUUUGAUUUACGCGCUGCUGGACAAGCCACAAAAUAACAUUCUAAGCAAAGUUAACGUAUUAAUAUUUAUACAAAGCAACUGUUUAACUUAAAAAGCGAGUUGUGACUCCAAAAUAUUGAAAAUAUUCUUUUUUGCAACGAUUGUCUUCUGGUAUGUUCUUCUACUUAUUGCUGUAUAUGUAUAGGUGUAUUUGUGUAAUAGAGCGUAUACAAAAGCUAAUUAUUUUAGCAUUACACAUAAUCAUUUACAAUAAAUAAAUUACUUUUAAACAUUUAUUAAUAUUAUAUACGAGAUUUACCACAUAGCAACUUACAUACA